UCUUAGUUCUAAUAUGUUCUCCAAAUCCAAUAAACAAAUGAGAACCCAAGACCCUCUCCAAAUCCAAUAACCAACAAAUGAGAAACCCAGACCCAUCCUCUUUGUCAUAUUACAACGCUUGUCUCCUCCAAGAAUGCCUCAAAUCCAAUGAUCUCCUAGCCGGAAAAUCAAUCCAUGCCCGAAUUAUCAAAUCCGGGCUUCACUUUAGUGUCAUCUUAUUGAACAAUCUCAUGAACUUUUAUUCCAAAACCGUGUGCUUUUCCGAUGCCCGCUUAUUGUUUGACGAAAUGCCUGUGAAAACUAAUUUCACUUGGAACACCCUUUUAUCAGCUUAUUCCAGACGGGGUAAAAUGGCUGAAGCUACUGAAAUCUUUCAUAAGAUACCGAAUCCUGAUUCUGUUUCUUGGAGCACGAUUAUUACGGGGUAUAAUCAGAUGGGUAGUUUUGAAAGUGCUAUAAAAGUGUUCGAUAAAAUGAUUAAAGAACCAGUAACACCAACGCAGUACACAGUUACUAGUGCUCUUGCAUCAUGUGCUGCUAUUGGAGCUUUAGAUAUUGGUCGAAAGGUACACUCUUUUGCUGUUAAAUUUGGGCUUAGUAGUUAUGAUAGUGUAGUGAAUUCUUUGUUAAACAUGUAUGCUAAGUCUGGUGAUCCAAUGAUGACAAGAGUUAUCUUUGAUAGGAUGGAAUAUAGGAACACAUCGAGUUGGAAUGUUAUGAUUUCCUUGCAUAUGCAGCAUGGACGAGUUGAUUUUGCACGUGAACAAUUUGAAAGGAUGAGUGAGAGAGAUAUAGUGACGUGGAAUUCAAUGAUUGCAGGGUACAAUCAACAUGGGUAUGACCUUGAUGCUCUUUGUGCUUUUGGUAACAUGCUGAAGGAUUCUUUGUUGCUUCCUGAUAAAUUCACUUAUAUUAAUGCACUAUCGGCUUGUGCCAAUCUUGAAAUGUUGAAACUUGGUAAACAAAUCCAUGCUCGUAUUGUUAGCACCGACUUUGAUACGUAUGGGCCAGUAGGAAAUGCCUUGAUCUCAAUGUAUGCAAAGUCAGGUGGGGUUCAAUUUGCUCGCAAGAUUGUAGAGCAGAGUGGGGUUUCACGCCUUGAUGUUAUUGCAUUUACAUCUUUGCUGGAUGGAUAUGUUAAGCUUGGAGAUUUAAAACCGGCUAGACAUAUAUUUGACUCAUUGAGAUACGGGGAUGUGGUUGCAUGGACUGCCAUGAUUGUUGGAUACUUGCAGAAUGGUUUGAAUAAUGAUGCAUUGGAGCUUUUCAGAUUAAUGGUUAGAGAGGGUCCUAAACCAAAUAACUUCACUCUGGCAGCCAUGCUGAGUGUCAGUUCAAGCUUGACUUUGUUGAACAAUGGCAAACAAAUUCAUGCAAGUGCAAUAAGAACUGGCCAGGCAUCUUCAGUUUCUGUGAACAAUGCUCUAAUUACCAUGUAUGCUAGAGCUGGAAGUGUUAAUUGUGCACGGAAAGUGUUUAAUCUGAUACAUUGGUUCAAAGAUAUUGUGUCUUGGACAUCCAUGAUAAUGGCUCUUGCUCAACAUGGUCUUGGAGAAGAAGCCCUUGAGCACUUUGAAAAGUUGCUGGCAGCUGGAAUUAAGCCUGACCAUAUAACAUAUGUAGGUGUGCUCUCUGCUUGUACACACGUGGGACUGGUAGGCCAGGGCUGGAGGUAUUAUAAUAUGAUGAAGGAUUUUCACAAAAUUGAACCAACACUGAGCCAUUAUGCAUUGAUGGUUGACCUUCUUGGACGAGCUGGAUUGGUACAAGAGGCAUAUGAUUUUAUUGAAAAAAUGCCGAUUGAACCAGAUGUUAUAACUUGGGGUUCACUCUUAUCUUCUUGUAAGGUGUAUAAAAAUGUAGAACUAGGUAAGGUUGCAGCAGAAAGAUUGCUCCUUAUUGACCCUGGCAACAGUGGGGCUUACUCAGCCCUAGCUAACUUGUAUUCCGUUUGUGGAAAGUGGGAGGAUGCUGCAAAAAUCCGCAAGUUAAUGAAGGAUGGAGGGGUGAAGAAAGAACAAGGAAUUAGUUGGGUUCAGAUAAAGAACAAAGUCCAUGUCUUUGGAGCUGACGAUGGACUUCACCCACUGAAAGAUGAAAUCUACAAGAUGAUGUCACAGAUAUGGGAAGAUAUAAAAAAGAUGGGCUUUGUUCCAGAUACUGAAUCAGUGUUACAUGACCUUGAGGAGGAAGUAAAGGAGAAGAUGCUCAGGCAUCAUAGUGAGAAAUUGGCCAUUGCUUUUGCACUAAUAAGUACUCCUGAGAACACCACUUUGAGGAUCAUGAAAAACCUCAGAGUCUGUAAUGAUUGCCACUCCGCCAUUAAAUUUAUAUCUAAACUCUCUGGCAGAGAAAUUAUUGUAAGAGAUGCUACUCGUUUUCACCAUUUCAAGGAUGGUUUCUGUUCUUGCCGUGACUAUUGGUAAUGGAUACAGUUGGAAACAACUGACAUAUGGUACAUUGUCAAAGAGGUUGAUCCUGAUGUUAAAAUCUAGCGACACUCUCACCAGUGAAGUGAGUGCCAACCUAAUAGAUUUGGCUCAAGAGUAUACACUAUUGCAUGGUUUAAUAUUUUGGGCUUAUUGCGGCCUUUUGGCAUGUAAAAUGCUCGGUUGCACUUGGCUUGCCUUUAAGGAAGGCAGAACAAUCCAUUCCUACACUACUUUUUUGAGGUCUGGCUCAUUAUUUAGAUUUAAGAGUAUACUCAAGGAAA